AUGUACUUGUUGGCCGAAUUCCAACGUGCUGGGGACGCCAAAAUUGCUCCAGGCUUCAUGUUUGAUGUAAUGAUUUGCGGUCCUUGGUUCUGCACGCUUCAUGCCAUCAGCUUUUCAAUGGGUCAGGGCGGCAAGGUGAAGGUCUUCGGGCGCAAGGGUAGCUGGACGGACUCCCGGACGUCUCCAGAGGGAUGGCAGGAGCUGGCCAUCGGAGAUCCAACGUUGAUUGCGGGUCAGAAUCGACUACAACUACCUCGCGGCGAGGCAACGAUGCUGGGGCCCUAUGCCGUGAUGGGAAUUUAUUUGACAUUCUUGGAAGGUGCCGACCAGAUGUCAUAUUCCGAUAAAACGUCACAAACCAACCACAAGGUCCUUUCGGAACACCGCACCCUGAGCGAUGGAAUGAGGUUGCUCUGCCUCAAGGGUCGUGUCUCAGGAGCACAGCCCUUCUCGGUGGGAACCCAUGGAGAAGACCGAUUCUUCGUUGGCCAAAUUGAGUACUCCUUGGAGUGA